AUGGUUCAUAGAAAAACUGAGAUGAAAUUGGUGAAGAAUAAAAGUGCUUUGCAGUGCACUUUUUCCAAGCGUAGGAGUGGCCUUUUUAAGAAAGCAAGUGAGUUGUCAAUUCUUUGUGGUGCUAUGAUGGGUGUCAUUGCAUUCUCUCCUGGUGGCAAACCCUUCUCUUUUGGUUAUCCAACCAUUGAGGCUGUGACUAAUAAGUUCAUUCAACGAGGACCAGGCCAAGGUGAACCUUCAAAAGAUGGUGAUGUUAACGAGCUUAAUCAGAAGGUUGAGGAUCUGGUGUACCAGCUGAAGGUGGAGAAGAAGGGGAAGGACAUACUUGAAAAUGCUCUGAACAGAAACAAGGUCAUAGAUGUUGAAUUCCCAAUUGAUGAUCUUAGUUCAGAGAAGCUUCAAAUACUGAUGGCUUCGUUGAAAAAGCUCAGAGAUGAAUUGAAAGAGCUCAGAGAUAAUUUGAAAUUGCCCAUGAAUGAGACUGAUGCAGCAUCGACUUCCCCCCAACAGAUAGAGGAGGAUUUAUUCAAUCACAUAGUUUGGGCUCCUAGAAUAUUGCGCCCUUGGGGCUUUCUAUUUGAUUGUAUCGAAAGGCCCAAUGAAUUGGGAUUUCCCUAUUGGGCCGGGUCAUUUCGGGGCAAGCAGAUCAUUUAUGCUUCACCUUGCAGAGAAGUAUGA